AUGAAAGGAGGUUUCAGCAAGGCUUUCUUGAUGAGAGAGGAAAAUGGAUCCGAAGUGAUAGCGAAAAUUCCUUGUCAUAUUGCCGGCCCGCCUACCUUAACGAUAGCUGGUGAAGUCGGCGCUCUCGAAUACUGUACGUUGUAUUGGUAUAAUUCUACUUCUAGUGGCUAA